GUUACUUCAAAUGGUGAACUUCAGUCAAGCAUCGCGGCAAAUACCGACAACCGCCAAGGAUGUAAGCUGAUACCACAACUGGAUGGUCAAGCGAGCAGUAUCAUUUCCUGUCGACAACCAUGUCUCCCACCAUCAAGGGGAGUGCGCCACAAUCUUUUGUCCUCAGACAGAGCCUUGUAA